AUUGGUUGUUGAAACUUGUGAUUAUUUUCGUGAUAUCGUGCAACAUGUGCGAAGAAGCAUCUGAAAUCGCAGAAUAGCUACAAAUAUGAAUAGUCCAAAGAACAUGGAAGACGUCUUAGUAGAUCCAAACACCACAAAAUCUAGUUUAAAAAAGAUAUUGACUGGUUUGGUAGACAAUUUCCUUUGGGCUGGUUACACUGACACUGCCAGUGGCGACACUCACACUGGCACUGGCAGCGCCAGUGGUGACACUGGCAGUGCCAGUGGCGACUCUGACAGUGCCAGUGGCAACACUGACACUAGUGACAGUGCCAGUGGUGACACACCAGUCGCAGAAGUAGUUAAAGCGCUGGCUUUUGCCCUGGGCAAGGACGUAAGCCUGCAGCAAAAGCUUAUCAAAGCUGCUACUGUUCUGGCAGAUGAACUUGAGGAAGGACGCUUGGAACGGAGACGAGACGAUAACUUCUUCCAGGGUCGGAUCAUUUUAUCGAUCAGUUGUGGACGGCACCAUAACGAGGCAAAGGCAUGCUCACCAGCAAAGGCGGGCUCACCGACAAAGGCUGGCCCACCGACAAAGGCGGGCUCUACGACAAAGGCGGGCCCACCGGCAAAGGCGGGCCCACCGGCAAAGGCGGGCUCGACAGAAAAGACAUCAACGGAAACAGCAGCCAGUAUCGGGUCCAGGAAUCGCACUCUUCUUAUGUCGAUCCUCACCGAAGAACUUGAUAUCACAAACAAGCUUGCCGGUCUCCUGAUGGUUGAUGCACCGCCUCCCAAAAGUAAAGCCAACGCUGACUUUGACAGAGAAGUAAAAAGUUGUUCAACGAGUCCUGAGAAAUCUGUGGAAGAACUGCCUUGGAAUGCAUUGUGGAUUAGCACUGCAGAUAUCAUGCUACAUAUAAUACGAAACAAGGGAAUUUUGUCUGCAGAACUAUACAAUGAUCCAAAAUUUGUGUCCGAUUCAAAAUUCUUUGAAGGUUGCCUAAGAUUAGUUGAUGGCAGACAGUGCAUGAUGACAGCUGUUUGCAUGUCCCACUGUGUCACCAUGGUGUUUGAGCAUUGCAAGGAUAAAAGUCUUGGUGACCGAUUCCUAUUCAACAACGGUGUGGCAAUAUGUGCAGAAUAUCUCCAUAAAGAUUACGGUGUCAAACGAUUCAUACACUGGUACAGAUCAAAGAAAGUUCACCCGUGGGAAGAAACGAUCUUGUACCGUCGUUGGUGGAUUUAUUACACUCGUGAUAGCGGCAUUCGGCUCGAGAUGUUCGGUUGGAAUAAAAGUACUGAAAAUACGAAAGAUCUACUUGUCCAUUGGGGCAGAGUGAUGUCUGCUAACUGUGCACGGAGCCUGGCUUGGGCUGCUGCGAAAGGUCCAGAAAAUGGACGUGCGUCCAUGCUGAAAGAUAAGAAACUGAUGAAGGGCAUGAUGUUUUGGUUCCGCUCGCCCCUCAUGGUUCCAGGCGACAUGGAGAUGAUUGGUGCCUGUACAAGACUCAUUGGCAAUCUGUGUGUGAACGAGACGAUUGCUCUUUUCUUCAUCAAGGAGCACAACAUCCUCACCCUACUCGAGGUGCUCAUCUUCUGUCCUCACUACAAAAACCUUAUUGAGUACCUGAUAGUUGUUAAGAGAUUAGCCAGUCACCAGGGGGUGUGUCGUGAUUACGUCUCUAAGAACAAGAUCAUUGUCAAGGCAUUGUUAAGCUACUGUGGAUCCUAUGAAAAAGAGGUUGCCAUCCAGGCGGUAAAAGCGGUCACCUUUCUUCUGACGGGACAAACCGCCCAGGCAGUCAUAGAUUGCGGUUUUAAUAUACGCCAGCUCAUCAUAUGGAACGAUUAUAACUUCUAUCAUGACUUGUGUGCAGAGUGGGGAAACAUGAAGACAGCAGUCAAAGCUUCAGGAGUCAGGGAUUGGCUUUCCCAGGAGGCCAGGCUGAAGGGUCACAAGGCCAUGGGGACCAACAGCUUCGACGAAGACGAAGCCUCAUCCAGGAUGGAGCGUGGAAAUGCAGCAUUCAAGCGCCAAGAAUAUAAAAAGGCGCUCACCAAUUACACCGAUGCCUUGAAGUUCUGUCCGCCAUCAAAGCACAAUAUACCGUGUGUCUGUCUGCAUUAUGAGAAUGUGGGAGUGUGUCGGGGACACAGCUGUAACUGUACCUAUGAACUUUGGACACCCAUCGCUGCUCAACUUUAUGGUCACCGAGCCCAGUGUUUCCUGAACCUUGGCAAACACAAAGAGGCAGUGGAGAAUUGUGAUGAAGCUAUAGCGAAGUGUCUGGAGGAUACCACAGAGGCAAAGGAAUUACUCCAAAAGUCAGUCUAUAAUCGAGCAAAAGCAGCAUUGGAAUAUGGUGAUCUUAAGAAAGCACUGUCUGAUGCUGGAUUCCUCAGAAUAAACGAGAAAGGCAAAGAUAUGAAAAAAGAUCCCGAUCCUAGUACUACAAAACUUUUUGAUGAGAUAUUUUUCAAAUACCGAGAAGUCCAUGGCUAUCACUUCAUCCGGCGAUGUUUCGUUUGUUUGAAGGGUGAAGGUGAAAAAUUAAAACGCUGUGCAAACUGUGAGGAACUUUACUGCUCGAAGGAGUGUCAAAUGAACGAUUGGCAGCGGAGGCACAAGGACAUUUGCCCAGGGAAUAAGAAGAAAAAGGUCGCAGAGGAGGUCACCGGGUCAAAUAUUCCAAGCAAGGGGCCAAGUGCAGAUGAAUCAGACUAACCAAGGGUAAAAUCCAUGUGGAUUUCAGUAACUUUAUAAGUUUAUUUCAAGACUCAUCUUGGUUAAAAGGGGAAGCAUUUGAAGCAGACCCUUAAUGAAAAUCGACAAGGAUGGAGCUGAAUUACAGGUGCUGGGAAACAGGAAACUUCGCCAGUGCCUCAGAUUCAGGAAUUGCAUGAAUUUCUUUUAAUUGGAAUAUUUGUCACAGAUUCAGGAAUUGCAUGAAUUUCUUUUGAUUGGAAUAUUAGAAAGUUAUAUCCGAUAUUGAAGGGGACCAUCUCACAAUUCAUGUCACAUCCAAACUGAUAAAGUCACACCAUGGCUUCCCUAAUGUCACCCUAGAGAAUCAAAUCGACAUUUCCCAAGGGCAUGCCUCAGUUAGACAUAGUAUUUCCUGGAAUUAACUCAUCUUGCUAACCCGCAGAAAAUGCAUCAGUGUUUCUAAGUGCAGGAUAACUUGACCAUCGCUUCGAUAUACUUCACCAUCUUUUAGAUUUGCUGGCAUUUAAUGUUAAGAAAAAAAUUAGAGUAUUAUGAUUUCUGCAAAUUCUUAUAAUGAAAACCAACACUAUUUUGACAAUAUUUUUACUUUAUAUUGAAACCAGGGCUGGGUUGUUCAAAAACACGUAAGCUUUAAUGGAGACGGUAAGUCUUAACAUGAAAAUUUCAAAGGGAGUCAACAGUAGUGGCCCGUUUGCUCACUGUUGAGUCUAGAAAGUUGAAGCUUGGUAUGUGUAUGUCUUAUGACAACAUGACUUGACACACAAAAAAAAUCAUCGCCAUUUGACCUACUUUCCGGGCUCCAGGGGGCCAUCUUUGAAAACCUUAUUUUGUCAAUAACUCAUGAAUGCUGAUAGCUAGAACUAUGAAAUUUUUACUUUCAAUACUUCUGUCGAGACUUCAUGACACAAUUUUUGAUUUGACCUUCUUUUGAAGGUCACAGAGGUCAAACUCUAAAAUUACAGGUUUCGUCAUUAAAUGUCCUAGACUCUUCAAAUUUGAUAUGUAGACACCUAUUGGGCAUCUGUACAAAUCUUUAAAAAUCAGGCCAAUGUGACCUACUUUUCAGUUGUAAGUAGGUCAGGUCACAAAACCCAUGUCGGUAUUAUAUAGGGAAACCUGCACUGUGUGAUCUUUAUGUGCAUCAUUGAUUGAUAUGAUCAAGCUUGCCAUGGUGCUUAUAAAAUUUUGACCUUGACCUAGUUUCCAAGGUCAAAAAGGUCAAACUCUAAACUUUCAAUAUGGGUGGUACGUUUCACCGCUAUUUGUCACAGAUUCUUCAAAUUUUAUAUGUAGACACAUAUAGGCAUUUGUGCAAGUUGACCCGAAAUCGGCCUUCAAUCAAGUCUCUAAAAGUCAAUUUAAUCUCCAUGUCUCAUUUCAUCUACCACGCAGUCAUUCCCAGGUGAGCACAAUGUCCCUAGGACAUUUCAUAUUUAUUAUAGUUCUCAAAUAUAGAUUAAAUCUAAUCUAUAAUUGUUGUUAUUCUUAGAUUGUAUUGUGUUGGACAUGUAUUUCAAGUGGAAGCUCAAACAUCUUAUAAAAAAUCGUUGUUGACCCAUCCUAAAAUGGAAAAAGUGGUUUUCAACAAACUUUGUUAAGUUAUUUAUGCCAACAUGAACAUUUACAUCUAACAGGGUUUUUAUCGAUUUCUGUUUUGCUACAUGUUAUUGGAAAUGUUAUUGAUUUUUAUCUAGUUUGUCCAUUGAAAAAAAUGUGCUCAAAUUGUGCCAUAGCUCCUGGUUUAUUUCUCUGCUACAUGUAGUAAGUUUUAGUAAAAUUAAAGUAGCUUUUAGGAAAAUAGAGUUUACUCAUUGGAAUGACCUGGAACAAAUUCAUUGAAUGAUUGAUAACUUUGGUCCUUGACCAUCUUCAAGUUGAGAGGGCUGGUUAGUUGAUGACUCAUUGAUGAAAUUUCCCUCAGGCAUGAAUUGAUUUGUAUACAUUAUUCAGCAUUGGUUGGCCACACGCCGCUACGGAUGUGAGUAGUUUUGACACGCCACGUGAGCAUUUCAUUGUAUUGGUACAACAAUGUCACGGCAGCUAAUUUCUGUUGCCAUAUCGUUUGGUAUCAAAAUUCUCCACCCGUUUGGUUAUGUGGAUAUUGCCAAAUUAGCUUACGAGAAGUAAUAAAAGUUAUCGCAGAAAAAAAUUUCCGCAUGAUCGCAUCCAUUUUCAGUUGACCAUGAAACCAGAAACAUCACAUUUAACUUGUUUUGACCUUAUAGAGGAUUUUUGCUGAAACUUUUGCAACUAGCAGUUGAAUCAUCUCUCUUCGUCGUCUAUGUCUUUUUCAGCAGAAAGUUGCUAGUAAAAUAAUUAUUUCUAGCUAGAAAUACUUUGCCUUACGUUGAUCCCGUUUUGCAUGAAUGAAGCCGCAAAGCCGCCAUUUUGGUAACUUUUCCUUACAAAUUUCCAGGGGGAAUUGGUUCUCAAAUAAUUUCUUUGUGGGGGAAUUUCCGUAAACUUCCUCUCCUUGGUAGAUAAGUUCCUAAUCUAUACUGUAUGUAUAAUUAUUAAUUCUUGUCUUGUAGAAUAAUUAUUUGCCGAUCAAAAUACCAAACUUGGUCUCAGACUUUCGCGUCCUUCUCAGGGAAUUAAUGUUAAAAAAUUUUGUCAGGAAAAUUCGGGCUUUCCAUUGAUCUGGCAAAUCAUUCUUUGUGAGUUGAUUUCUAUAAACUUCCUCGUCAAGAUCUAUCUGGUGUGUAUAAUUUCUAUGCGACAACUUGUAGAAGAAUUAUUCGUGAGUUUGAAAUGUAAAUUUUGGACAUUUUUGGACAGAAUUCUACGUCCUCAGAAUCCAGAUUUCCACGAUACCUAUUGGUCAAUCGCUGUCGUGACGUCAUGUUUUUGACGUCAAAAAUAUAUAGAACGGCGUCAUUUCUGGACAGUCUUUCAAUAACAAUUUGGCACUCAAACUUGUAAGGUUCAAAUACUAAAAAUCAAAGCGAUACACGCACAGGCUUGCCUGUGAGAAAGUCUAUGCUUCGGUAUUAGGGACGUACAUGGCACAUGGAAUUUUAGUCUGAAUUUCAGAAUCGUCAUUCAAUUUCGAAAUUCCUUUUUCCAUUUCUAUAUAUGUUAAUGUUCGUUUGUCAGCCCCAUGCUUCCCAUUAUGUCAGCGCGGGCAGACCCUAAUGCAUUAAAAGACCACGAUCAAACACUAACAUUUAUUCAUAAUUCAAUAAUUACAUGUACAUGUACAUGUACAUUUCUACAAGUGCUUUGUUAUCAGACCACCCCUCGCUUCGCUUAGCCUAGGUGGUUGGUAAUAUUGAAUAAUGGAGAGGAUCGUCCUCUGUUUUAGGAUUUUAGAUACUCAUUAGGAGUUCAACGUCAAAUCUCUAUUCGUUUGAUUUAACUGAGAACUGAACUCUCAUGUCGCCUCUUCAUCCGUCUUCCCAUUGUCAUCAUCAAAACUUUAUAUUAGACCAUGCUUCCAUGUCAUGAACGAUAUUGAUUGUGCACAUGAACAAUUAUUAAACAAA